GCGCAAUGGUCAAACUAACCAGAAUUAUUUACAUUUACCUUUUCCAAAAGAAAAGUUUCGUGGGGGUAUAAAUGUCAUUAAACGUUCCAUCUUGCCUCUCCUCACUCACUCUUCCUCUCCUCUCCUUAUCUCAUUCAAUCUCUCUCCCAUCACAUGAUGAGGCGGAGGCCCAACCACAAGCUAUACUAAUAAUCCCGCCAACCACUACCACCAUGCCGCCCAAUCUCCGACUCCUAACCACCGCCAUCGCCACCGUUCUCUUCCUGCUCCUCCCCCUUCAGUCCGCCGCCAACCACCCUCAAAUAUUCCAUGAGGCGCCUGCAUUCCGCAACGGCAAUUCCUGUCCACCGCCUCAUGACAACUCCACCAAUGUCCACAUCGCCAUGACACUCGACUACUCCUCCCCCUACCUCCGCGGCUCCAUCGCUGCUGUCCUCUCCGUUCUCCAACACUCCACUUGUCCGGAAAACACCGUCUUCCACUUCCUCGCUGACCCCCACCACCACCCCCACCUACGUAAAACCAUCAUCUCCACCUUCCCCUAUCUUCGUUUCCACCUCUACACCUUCAAUCCCGCCACCGUCAACCACCUCAUCUCCUCCUCCAUUCGCCGCGCCCUCGACCAGCCACUCAACUACGCCCGCAUCUACCUCGCCGACCUCCUCCCCACCACCGUCACCCGCAUUAUAUACCUCGACUCCGAUCUCAUUGUCGUCGACGACAUUGCAAAACUCUGGAAAAUCAACCUCAAUUCUCACGUCCUCGGGGCGCCGGAAUACUGCCACGCCAACUUCAGCCAUUACUUCACCUCCAAAUUCUGGUCAAACCCAUUCUUCUCCGCCACUUUUAGAAACCGGAAACCCUGUUAUUUCAACACCGGAGUAAUGGUGAUUGAUCUAACCAAGUGGCGGAGCCAGGGGUUCACGCAGAAACUCGAGCACUGGAUGAAAAUUCAGAAAAGAUACAGAAUUUACGAACUGGGUUCUUUGCCGCCGUUUUUGCUGGUCUUCGCCGGGAAUGUUGAAGGGGUGGAGCACCGGUGGAACCAACACGGCCUCGGAGGAGAUAAUCUUGAAGGGCUGUGUAGAGAUCUGCACCCAGGUCCAGUGAGCUUGUUGCACUGGAGUGGGAAAGGGAAGCCAUGGUUAAGACUUGAUGCUAAGAAGGCUUGUACAUUGGAUAACCUAUGGGCGCCCUACGAUUUGUUCAGGCACGAGUCUCUAUUUUCCGACAGUUGACGUCGAGCGCAGAGGAUCACUGCCCACCGGUGAUGAAUAAUUGGGGUGUGAGUUGGAGACAGUGGGGAGUGAGGUGAAAGGACGGUUGAGGACAAAAGUAGGAGGAAUAUGGUGACGUGUGAGUGAGGGCAACUUGGGAAUGAGUGAAUUUUGAGUUAGACGUGGGUAAUAAAAUUAUAAAAAUACUUUUUAAUCUUUCUUGGAAGAUGGGCAGAGAGGAAUUUUAACAGUGCGGCGGCGGAAGGCGGCUCAGCCGUGGGAGUGGCGGUGGGUAAUCAGUUGUGGAAUAAAAUCUAGUGGUUGGAUAUGUUAAGAUUCGGGAUGUUGCUGUCAAGGGGUUGUCGUGGCAUUGAUGGAGUGGUGGUACAUAAAUAUACUAGAGCGUGUUGGAGGAAACGUGUUUGUACGUUUGUGACUCUUUUGACCCUACUUUUCUUUGUGGUUCAUUCUUUUAGUGAUCAAAACUCAUAAUAAUUGGUUUUGUUGAUGUUUGUAAUUUUGUCCAUAUUCUUUCUCCACCAUAAAGUUUUAUAAUCUCACGUGAAUUUUGUAAGUAUCCUCCUAGUUUUUCU